UAGAAAUCACCCCACCUCCCGUCAAAUAAAAUAAAUCGUCCGCCGCGGAAAAUUGCGAAUAGAUCGCCGAAAAUGGCCAAGAAGAAAAGCGAGGAGCACUCCGGUGCGGAUGCGAACGACAGCGACUACAACGAGGAGCCGAACUUUGAGGAUCCGCCCAACUUUGUGGACAAUAUCAGCGAUGAAGACCUGCUCGGUGACAUGCUCGCCCAGCGCCCGUCGGAGGCGGAUGGCGUCGAGAGCGUGGUGGUGGUGGACAACAUCCCCAAGGUGGAGCCGGUGCGCUUGGAGAAGCUCAAGUCGGUGAUCAACAAGCUCUUCUCGCACUGCGGCGACAUCGUCAAUGUGGUCUAUCCCGUGGACGAGGAGGGCAAGACCAAGGGCUACGCUUUCAUGGAGUACAAGCAGGCCAGCCAGGCGGAGGAGGCCGUCAAGAAGCUGAACAACCAUCGUCUGGACAAGAACCACACCUUUGCCGUCAAUCUCUUCACCGAUUUCCAGAAGUACGAGAACAUCCCGGAGAAGUGGGAGCCACCAACCGUGCAGACCUUCAAGGUACAGAGCGACCUGUACAACUUCAUCAAUGACCCGGACGCCUAUGACCAGUACUGCGUGGCCGCGGAAACCGCUCCCAACUGCGUGCAGGUAGGCUUCUGGCAGAACGUCCUGCCCGAACCCUUCGAGCUGGAGACCCGCGAACGCUUCACCGACACCUUCGUCAAGUGGUCGCCCCUGGGCACGUAUGUGGUCACUUUCCACAAGCCCGGCGUCGCCAUCUGGGGCGGCAGCAGUUUCCAGAAGAUCCAAAAGUUCCCCCAUCCCGGCACCCAGUUCGUGGAGUUUUCGCCUUGCGAGAAUUAUCUUGUCACCUAUGGACCCACGCCUACGGGACAGAAGAUCAUAAUCUGGGACAUCCGCACCGGAGCCGAGAAGCGUUCGUUUGUGGCCGAUGGCAUGUCGGUGCUGUCCAUGUUCCGCUGGUCGCACGACGAUAAGUUUGUGGCCCGUAUGGGCGAGAACUCGAUCCACAUCUACGAGACGCCCUCUUUCUAUCUGCUGGACCUAAAGUCCAUCAAGAUUCCCGGCAUUCGGGGCUUCUCGUGGUCGCCCACGGACAACGUGAUCGCCUACUGGGUGGAGGAGCAGAACCAAAUACCCGCCCGCGUCACUCUGAUGGAGAUCCCCAAGAAGCGCGAGACCCGCAACAAGAACCUUUUCCAUGUGGCCGACUGCAAACUGCACUGGCAAAAGUCCGGCGACUACCUGUGCGUCAAGGUGGAUCGCUACUCUAAGUUGAAGAAGGACAAGAAGGACCUGGACGUCAAGUUCCUGGGCAUGUUCUACAACUUUGAGAUCUUCCACAUGCGCGAGAAGGAGAUUCCCGUGGACUCUGUGGAGAUUCGCGAGCUGAUUCUGGCCUUCGCCUGGGAGCCCAUUGGCAACAAGUUCUCCAUCAUCCACGGCGAACCCAACUCCUCCAACGUGAGCUUCUACGAGGUGAACAAGGGCGUGAAGCCCAGUUUGGUGAAGCGCCUCGAAAAGAAAUCGUGCACCCAUCUGUUCUGGUCGCCACGCGGCCAGUUCAUCGUGAUGGCCAACCUCACCAUGGGAACCUUUGAGUUUGUUGACUCCACAAACGACUACAUCAUCAGCGCGUCUCCGGAUCACUUCCGCGCCUCCGAGGUCGAAUGGGAUCCCACUGGACGCUACGUUGUGACUGGAGUCUCUUCCUGGAAGGUAAAGGAGGACACCGGCUUUAACAUGUACACGUUCCAGGGUCGCAUCAUCAAGCGCACCAUUCUCAAGAACUUCGUGCAGUUCUUGUGGCGCCCGCGUCCUCCCACCCUGCUCGGCGAGGAGAAGCAAAAGGAGAUCAAGAAAAACCUGAAGAAGUACUACGCCGCCUUCGAGCAGAAGGAUCGCCUGCGCCUCACCCGCGCCUCCAAGGAGCUGCUCGAGAAGCGCUCCCAGCUGCGCGAGACCUUCAUGGAGUACCGCAACAAGCGCAUCGCCGAGUGGGUGGAUCAGAAGAGUCGUCGCGUCAUGCUGCGUGGACAUGUGGAUACAGACAACUUGGAAACUGAUGAAGUGGAUGAAGAGAUUGUUGAAUUUUUAGUCAAGGAAGAAGUCACCCUGCUGGAGUAGACGACCCCCUUCACGCCACACAUAACGCUGUCGUCCCCUGCCUCCUUCGAAGCGAUCCUGUCGCCUCACAUUUCGUGUCCGGGACGCGUCUACGUCCUGGUUGAUGCCAGGACCCUAAUUCAUUAUUCAAACCGGUAGCACGCGUCUGCUUGCAAACAACUCUAAGCGGAACCUUUGCCUAUACAUACAAAAUACGAAUUAUAAGCCCCAAAAGUAAACUUCAACAAAAUCAGCACUUGCUAAAAUAACAUAAACACCUAAUUAAAUGACCUUUAUUAAGCACA